UUUGGCCUAAGGCACCAGUGCAUGCAAGCCCUAACUUGAAACCUUCAGCCACGACUGAAGUCUAAAAUGCCUUUUCCUGGUUGGUACAGCAAUUAGAAAAGGCCAAAACCAAGACAAUGGAACUAUAAUCAUAGCUUGAAACGCCACGUCCGACUAUAAACGAGUUGAAUCCGACUGGCAAGACAAACGAAACCUUCCCACUGCGAACGAGGCUAGCCCUAUAGGAAAACAUUCCACGAAGGCCCACCAAAUAGAGUACGAUGCAUCGGACUAGUACCGGCUAUCCUGACGAACUGAAGGAGACCCGCUGGACACGCACCAAUCGGAAACCGUCUGGAGCAAAGCUUGGAGGGCGUUAUGGUUCUGCCUAAGCACGACGUUGCACUCGAUUAAGUAACGGGUUGGCUGCGCCUUGCGGGCGACUCCAGCAUCUCGUAUUCGCAGUCAUCGCCUGCAGUCCGUCCAAUCGCAUUCUUGAGCCACUUCAGACUGCGAUGGAUAUCCUCUCUUGCAUCCAGGGGACAUAAUACCAGUAAUAUAGAAAACUAAGACAGGAGAAGGGGAGCCUGUGUGUAUAUAUAUAUCCUAUACCCGCCCUCGUCCUGUAGCAGACAAGGAACAUCCCAGUGAACAAACAUUCCCAACCCUAAGAGAAGAAAACACACAAGACCAGAAUGGAUCAACCCGUCCAACUCCUCUCCUACCAACGUCUCAAGUCAAAGAGUACCUUCAUUAUCUCCCUGCAACACGGGAACGGCACCGCAACCCCCAUCUACGAAGUGGCAUGUCUAUCCUCGACACCGAACCUCUCCAUCUCGCGCCUCCAGCCGGCCCCCCAGCAGCAACCACCAUAUGGCCAUCCACCGGCACCACAACAUGGCUAUCCACCAGCACCGCACCCAUACUACCAACAACACCAACCAUACCCUCCUCCUCCUCCAAGUCCAUACCCACCACCCCAGCAAUACCCAGUAUACAACCACCCCCCACCCACCAAAACAACCAUCGGCACCGUCAGCCUCUCCUCCCUCUCCUCCAAAAUCACCCUCUCCAUCCACAACAUCCCCGAAGUCAAAAUGAAGCGGCCGGACUUCCUCGCCUCGGGCCACAAAUUCACCCACCCGCGCCACGGCACCCUCGAAUGGAAAGAGAGCGAUCUCCUUGAGAAACGCUUCAAGCUCGUCGACGCGAACAAGACCGUGCUGGCUCGAUUCGAUAAGUGGAAGUUACCGGACCACCAGCGGCAGCAAUCGGGUUCGUCGUUCUGGGGCGGUUCGUCGUCCUCGUCCUCGUCGUCGAAGAAGAAGACGAAGAAGAAGGCGUGGGCGUUCAAGGUCUAUGUGAAUGCGGAUCCGGAGCUGUUGGAUUGGAUUGUGGUGAGUGGGUUGGGCAUGGUUGAGUAUCGCAUUACUUCGGAUAGGGAGUUGGAGGAGGAGCUCUUGGGAGACGAUGAUGAUGACGAUAUUUGGUCGGCUUUGUUUGGGUAGUAUUCUUAUUUUUUUUUACUAUUAUUAUCUAGUUUGCUUGUGGUGAUUGUUCUUUGAAUAUAUUGUCUGUGGUGUGUGGAGAUGACUGUGGUAGGAUGUUGGGAUGGAGUUAGGGUUAAUGUGUCGCGCUGAUCCUUCUUCCAUAUCGGGUUGGAGAUUAACAAUGAUAUAAAUUAGGAUAGACUAACAUGAAAGCUUUUCAUUAUCUUGUAUAUCAGUGAAACCGACAGGAAGCAAUAACAUACAAUGUUGCACCCCUCAACAUAAAGAUGCAGUCAGGAUCACUUUCCAGCGCCGCGCAACCCAGUGGCAAUGUCGCAUCUCCAAGACUCAUUAGUCGAUGGAACCCCUGUAUAUGGUAUGACAAGGAUAUCUAUCAUUGAGGCAUUUGAUAAGUAGAAUAGACAGAGAGGAAAUUCAUUGGGUGUCGCUUUGGACUAGGGCAACGUGUUAUCGACUGACGUGACACUAGGGCAGUUAGCUCCCGGUGCCCUAUCUUGACGCGGUAAGGAGAGCAGCAGAUCCCAAUCAUAGGAUUGAUACUAGUUCCCAUCGUUAGGAUAGGGCAACUGGGGUAGUAUUUCGGAGGUCAGCACUUCAGUAGCGAUCAG